UACUCCGUCCUUCCUGGCUUAUUCCCACGGGGUCUUUUUUUCGACGGAGCCAAAGCGCGGAGGAACAGGGCUACGCCGAAUUUAAUUCUUGUUAGGGUUCUCUACUGAUCUCGCGGGCUUCAACCUCUCUGCUUAUACGCCAAUUCGUCUCUGAAUUCUGAUAUAGACUUACUGCGAACAACGAUUUCUUCGCUUUUCCUUCGUUUUUCUUUUUUUCCGGCGGGCGUUGUUUUUGGUGGUUGUUCAUGGGUGCGCAGGCGAAGACAGCUAGCUCUGCGAAUUCCAUGCAGCGUGUUAAGGUGUAUCACCUGAACGAGCAGGGGAAAUGGGAUGACCAAGGAACUGGGCAUGUCACCGUGGAUUAUUUGGAGAGAUCUGAGGAUCAACUUGGUUUGAUUGUCAUUGAUGAAGAAGAUAACGACACGUUACUUGUGCACCGUAUUUCUUCAGAUGAAAUUUAUCGAAGACAAGAAGAUACAAUUAUUUCUUGGAGAGAUCCAGAUAUUUCUACAGAAUUGGCUCUUAGCUUCCAAGAAGCUGCAGGAUGCUCCUAUAUAUGGGACAACAUAUGCACUGUACAGCGAAAUUUACAUUUCACCAGUCUUAGUAAUGAGUCAUUCCAUGCAGUUAACAAUGAGCUGAAAGAUAUCCCCCCAGUUCAAAUGUCCACCCUCCCGUUGAUUUUGAAGGCAGUGGUUGAGUGUGGGAUCACUGAUCAGUUGCGUGUUACUGAGUUGAUCUCCCAAGAUCAAAACUUCUUUCCAAAGUUGAUGGAUCUAUUUAAAAUGAACGAAGACUUGGAGAACAUGGAGACUCUUCACAUUAUAUCCAAAUUGGUUAAGGGAAUCAUUCUACUUAACAGCCAGCAAAUCUUUGAGAAAAUUUUUGCAGAUGAAUUGAUUAUGGAUAUAAUUGGUUGUCUUGAGUAUGACCCCGAGGUACCUCAAGUUCAACACCAUCGCAUAUUUCUCAAAGAGCAUGUCGUUUUUAAGGAGGCGAUCCCUAUUAAGGAUUCUUUAGUUCUUUCGAAGAUACAUCAGACAUAUAGAAUUGGUUAUAUAAAGGAUGUCAUUUUACCUAGAGUCUUGGAUGAGGCAACUAUUGCAAGUCUUAACUCCAUUAUUCAUGCAAAUAAUGCUGUUGUUAUUUCUUUGUUGAAAGAUGAUGCUUCUUUCAUUCAGGAAUUAUUUGCUAGGAUGAGAUUGCCUUCAACUUCUAUGGAAUCUAAACGGGACAUGGUGCUGUUUUUACACGAGUUUUGUUCCCUAGCAAAGAGUCUACAGAUGGUACAACAAUUGCGGCUUCUGCGGGACCUUGCUAGCGAAGGCAUAUUUGAUAUAAUUACCGAUGUACUAAAAUCUCAGGAUAGGAAGCUUGUCUCCGUCGGGACGGAUAUUCUUAUACUUUUUCUUAAUCAAGAUCCAAAUCUUCUUAGAUCUCAUGUCAUUCAACAAGAGGGGAAUGCACUCUUGAGUCUUUUGGUCAAAGGUAUGAUGACUGACUUUGGAGAGGGGAUGCAUUGCCAGUUUCUUGAAAUCAUGCGCAUUUUGGUAGAUUCUUACUCUAUUUCAGGAUCACAGAGGGACAGUAUUAUAGAGAUUUUCUAUGAAAAACAUUUGGACCAAUUAAUAGAUGUGAUCGCAUCAUCUUGCCCACCGAGAAAUAGUUCGCAUGCAGAUGGUAAAUCAACUGUAUCUGGUGGAACAGGUGAAUACAACUCUACUUCAAAGGCUGAAAUUUUAUCCAACAUUUGCGAGCUGCUGUGCUUUUGCCUGCACCAUCAUACAUACAAGAUUAGAUGCCACUUUCUUAAGACCAAUGCUAUAGAGAAAGUGUUGUGUUUGACUAGGAGGAGAGAGAGAUUCUUGGUGGUGGCUGCUAUUCGUUUUAUGCGGACAGUUAUCUCUAGAAAUGACGAGCCUAUUUUGCGUCACAUAGUAAAAAAUAAUCUCUUGAAACCAAUUUUUGAAGUUUUUAUUGAGAAUGGAAAUCGCUAUAAUAUGUUACACUCCGGUGUUCUGGAUCUUCUGGAGUACAUUCGUAAGGAAAGUCAGAAAACUCUGAUCCUCCACAUAGUUGAUUCCUUCUGGGACAAGUUGAAGAACUUCGUGCAUCUGGGUACAUUUCAAGCCCUAAGAACAAAAUAUGAGCAGUCUCUAGAAAAUGGCGAUACAAAAACCAUUAUUAAUGUUGCAAAUCCUAGAAAGCGUACUGAUGAACGAGCUCUUGAUAAGGAAGAAGAAGAUUACUUCAAUGAAGACAGUGACGAAGAGGACUCCGCUUCAGCUCGCGUGCCAGGUGCAGGAAAUCAUAAUGCAUCAGCAGUUUUGUCCAAUGGACCCAAUGCGACAAAGCCUAUUGGGCCUGGAGCAGUUGGACUUGUUGACUACGAGGAUGACGAGGAUGAUGAGGAUUUUAAUCCUCCGUGCAGACCCGAAUCUUCUGCUGCAGACGAGGACAACAUUUUGCCAGAUUUAUGCAAGUCAAAACACAAAUUAUCUUCUUUAGAUAGGAAGGAUUUGAGUUUUGAGUCAAUGAAGAAGCGCCGUGUUGAUCAGAAUUCGCGGGAAUUUAAGGCUGUUGAGGUCAACAACACCAACCAUAUCGACAAAACUAACCCACCGGAACUUUCACCAUCAUUUGAUCCGUGCGCUGCAGUUUUAAAUGGCAAAUUAGGCGAGCAUAUCGAAGAUAGGGAAUGUUCAACAGAAAAAUCAAAUAAUGCCACUUCUACCCCUGAUACCAGACAACCCACUCCAGAGGACAAUAAGUUGACACCCAUCAGCACUCCUUCGCCGGAGAUGAAUGUAAAUAAUGCAAAUGUUAGCAGUUCAGAGCCCUAUUCCGUGAGAUAAUAAUUCCGGGAGACUUAGUUUGCCCAGUAAUGUUUUCAUGGAGAAAAGAAAUGAUAAAAAGGGCAUAUUCUCGUCUUCGGAAACAGCUAAUUAGGAGCGAAGAUGGGAAUAAUUUACCCUCGGCAAUUCUGCCCAUCGGUUUGGGGAAGGUGGAGUCAGUUAUGAUGCAGCAUAUAAUGGUUUUACUUAAUUAUGUAGAACAUUAUUUAGAUCUUUUAAUACAUUUGUUUGCAGCUUUGAAUGUGGGCAUAAUCCAAAUGCCCCCUUUUUUACAUCACUAAAAUUUUGUUAAAGUGUUGUUUUAUGUUAGAGGAAUAUUUUUCUUUUCUUUUUUUUUUUAAUGUGGUUUGUGAAGGGAUUAGUGGUUGUUAAAAUCAUGUUUUAAAUGAUGAUAUAAUUCAUUUAUGGCUUCAGUGGGAGUCACAAG